GGCUCUCCCAACUUGACCAAAAAGAGAAGAACGCUGCGCUCAAAUCACGACAAGUGACGACACAAUUCAUAUAAAAAAGCUUGCAGGCCACCGGAGUUCGCGCCGCGAGGUGCCAGAGCCAGCAAGAACUGCAGCCUGCACUGCACCUCAGCCUCAGCGUCGCCGGUCACAGCGACAAGCGCAAAAAAUGGACGCCGGCCCGCAGCAGCACCAAGCCAUGGACGUCGACGCCGCCGACGCCCAGGCCCUGGCCAAGCAACUGAGGGCCCUCGACGCGAAGGAGCUGCUCGCCGUCGCGCUCGACGCCCUCAAGCGGGACGCGGCGCCGCUCGCCGCGGCGCUCGCCGCGCGCGAGUCGAAGCGGCCCAAGAAGCGGCGGCGCAAGGCCCAGAAGCCCAUGGACCUGACGAAGUAUGAGGCGCGCGACGUGGCGCUCUGGAUCGCCUACGACGGCGGCGCCUACCGGGGCUUCGCGGCCCAGGAGAAGGCCGAGGUCGACGUCGAUACCGUGGAGCGGCAGCUCUUCCAGGCGCUGGAGAAGACGUGCCUCGUGAGCGGCCGCGACGCGUGCGCCUACUCGCGCUGCGGGCGCACGGACAAGGGCGUCUCCGCCGCGGGGCAGGUCGUCGGGCUGCGCCUGCGGUCCGUCGCGCGCCGCGGGACGGCCUUCGAGCCCGCGACGCACCCGGGCGACGCGCUGGCGAACACGGAGCGGCGCGACGCGGAGACGGACGAAGUCGUCCCGAACACGCAGAAGCGCGAGCUCGACUACGUGGGCAUGCUCAACCGCGUGCUGCCCGACGACGUGCGCGCGCUCGCCUGGGCGCCGGUCGCCGAGGGCUUCUCGGCGCGCUUUUCCUGCGCGUCGCGCACGUACCGGUAUUGGCUCGCGCGGGAGAACGCCCACGGCCGGCCGCGCGACGUCGAGGCGAUGCGGCGCGCGGCGUCCAAGUUCGUGGGGGACCACGACUUCCGCAACUUCUGCAAGAUGGACGCGCGGCCGCGGCGUCUUGACCCGCUCCAUGCGCCGUCGCCGCGACUCGGUCGUCUCGAACGCAGGUCGUGCACGUGAGCAACUUCCGGCGCGAGAUCUACGCCGCCCGCGUCGAGGCGGCCGGGCCCGGGCUCCUGCGCUUCGAGGUCCACGGCCAGGCCUUCCUCUGGCACAUGGUGCGCUGCCUCGUCGCCAUCAUCGAGCUGGUGGGCGACGGCCUCGAGGCGCCGGACGUCGUCGACGCGCUGCUCGACGUCGCGCGGUCGCCGCGGCGGCCCCAGUACGCUUUAGCCGACGAGGCGCCUCUGGUGUUACACGACUGCGCCUUCGACACGGUGCGGCCGGUGCCGACGCCCGAGGCCCUGCUGCAGCUCCACGAGCACCUGACGCGCGAGCGGCACGCCGCGCGCGUGGCGCUUGCGCGCACGGAGAACCUGCUCGAGAAGCUCGACGGGUUCGGCGUGCGGGCCGCGGGCGCCGAGGUGCCGUGGGCCCGGGCGCGGCCGCCGCUGCUCGCCGCCGCGGACGAGCGGGCGCGCGCGGCGCACCGGCCGCUGCUCGCGCGCGAGGGCGGCAAGACCUACGAGGAGAAGGUCGCGGCCGCGCGCGAGAACCCGACGAAGCGCUCGAAGUUCGAGGCCUGCGCGUCGAAGCGGUCGGAGAACCGCGGGGGGUUCCACGCGGAGAAGCGGCGGUGUGGCUGACGACUGUUUUUUCUUGGCGUAAGUGUUUGUGUGCAAUCGAC